AUGCUACCGUAUGGCACACUGUGGAAGCUGGACCAGAUGCUGCACCCGGCUGGGCCGCCGCAGCGUCGUACGGUCGCGCUGCGCCGCCGCCAAGCGCUCUUCUUGUUCUUCUGGGGGAUUUUUCUCGUGUCAGUUUUCCUAGUUCCCUUUCACUACGCCGCACUGCGGCGCUUGCGUAUCGACAGCGAGCGCGAGCUGCUUGGACUGGUGGUACCGACGGUGGAUCUUGAGCAACUCCACAGGCGCCAGGACCAGGCGGUGCAGCGGCUUAGAGCAUGGACUACAGCGCGCUGGACAGACAGUCACCCCGAGCGAAGCGGAGACGACAGCAUCGGUGACGCUGACGUCACCGCCGACUUUGCGCUGGCCUUUUACUUGCAUUCAUCGUCACGCACGCGCCUCGACGGCGUCUUUGCGCACCCAUACGUCCGGGCACUCGCUGGAGGUGGAGUUGGAGUGCUGUGGCCUCGCCUCGGCGACGCUGCAGAGACACCCGACGCGCUGCAGCACUUAUCACGCGCUCGUACACUGAGUGAGGUAGCGGUGGAUGCUGCGCAAGACGCAUCAAAGCGGGCAAAAUGCUUGAUUGCUCUGCGGCGCAAUCUCCUGCAGGUAGGCGCCAGUGACACCAAAAGCGAAGAAAAAGCCGACCUGAUCAAUGCGCUGCAGGCGACGCUGUCAAAAGAGGCGGAGCUUUACCGCAUCGAUGUUGGUAGGCCGUCCGAUGCUGGAAAGGUGGCAGUCGAGGCCGGCGAUUGGCGGGCAGCGACGGAAAAAGUACUGGCUACGCUCCUCUUGUGGUUGACGAACCGGCACACACGCAGCCACACGCAGGAGGAAGUCAUCAGCCGCGCCUUGGCCGCGUGUCAGGCGCCGCUCUCUCGCACCCUACGCACGAGUUUUGACUGGGGUGCUAUACCUGACGUCUCGCAUGCCACGACAACCAUCGCAGUCGCCGUGCAGGAAGAAGAGACAGCACCGCAGUAUCUGUGUCUGUGUAGCCAAUACGGCGUGCAGCCCCCAGCUGCUUUGGUAGAGCCGAGCAGCGGCACCGUCACCCCGCUCUUCCUCGUAGACCCUGCUCGACUCGAGGCAAGCGCGCAAACGUGCGCUGACGCUUGUUUGCGUGGUGGGUAG